AUGGCCGAUGGCGUUGAAAUAGAUCUUUAUGCCGACGACUUGGAUCAGGAUUAUUCACAAAGCAAUGACGAUUUCGGUGGAGAGAGCGGCGACCUAUACGACGAUGUGAUUGUUCCGUCCGGGGACCGCAACAAUGCAGGCAGGGACUCAUCGAUCGACCGGGGUGAGGGUGUCGAUACGAACGGCUCGUACCACCACCAUCCGGGUGCGUGGUCGUUAAGCCACAUCCCGAGACGUCACCAGUUGUACGUGGGUAACCUGUCCUGGUGGACCACGGAUCAGGACAUUGCCGAUUCGGUGGCUGACAUUGGCGUGAGCGACUUCCAGGAGGUGAAGUUCUUCGAGAACCGUGCCAAUGGUCAGUCAAAAGGAUUCUGCGUGAUUUCGCUCGGAUCGGAAAACAGCAUGCGCCUGGUGAUGGAACGGUUGCCCAAGAAGGAGCUGUACCGCCAAAAUCCGGUAGUGACGCUGCCUACCAAGCAGGCGCUCAAUCAGUUCGAGAGUCAACAGAAGACCCGACCUACACCACCGGCACCGGGACAAUCUAACGGUCCCCGACCGCCUGUUCCGGGAAUGCCAAUGGGCGGUCCUGGAGGACCUGGGGCACAUGGCGGACUCGGUAUGGGAGGCCCCGGUGGUCCCCCGGGAGGUGGUCCAGGUGGCCCACAAGGUCCGGGAGGACCGCAAGGUCCUGGUGGACCGCAGCCACGAAUGAUGAAUCCAAACAUGCCUCCAGGGAUGCGUCCACCACAUCCGCACAUGUCGGGACCGAUGCACAUGCAAGGACCACACGGACCAGGUGGACCACCGAGACCGCAGGGACCGCCAAUGCAUCAAGGAAACGGACCACCACAACAAGCGCCCCGGUUUCAGAAUCAAAACCAAUGGAACGGUCCACCUCGUAUGAACGGCCCGCGGCCAGGCGGUCCAGGAGGUCCUGGUCCAAUGCAGCAUAGACCACAGAUGUUCCAGGGGCCACCGAAUGGCAUACCACGAGGUCCGCGGCCAGAGUGGAACAGACCGCCUAUGCACGGUGGUUAUCCGCCCGGUCAUCCUGGUGGGCCUGGUCAGGGACCACCGCACAUGCAAGGUGGUCCACAUGGUCCACGGGCUCCACAUCACGGUUCGAUGGGUGGACCGCCUGGACCACAGGGACCGGCACCACACGUAAACCCGGCCUUCUUUAAUCAGAGCAGUGGCCCACCGAAUCAUCCGAAUGGUGGAGGCCCAGUGGGACCGCCUCACGGCCCGCAGGGACAGGGCGGAGGGCCUCCGCAGCACUUUAAUCCACAGGGUGGUGGAGCUCCACGUGGAGGGCCAUGGCCAGUGCAGGGAGGUAAGCCACCAGGAGCACCGGGUGGAUUUCCGGAGCAUCCCAUCACACCGCAGCUGAGUGAAGCGGAAUUCGAAGAGAUUAUGACGAGGAACCGUACGGUCAGCAGUUCUGCCAUCGCUAGAGCUGUGUCGGACGCAGCCGCUGGAGAGUAUUCCAGCGCCAUUGAAACACUGGAGACUGCGAUCUCGCUCAUCAAACAGUCCAAAGUCGCCCAAGACGAACGCUGUAAGAUACUGAUAGUAUCGCUACAGGACACACUCCACGGUAUCGAGACAAAGAGCUAUUCUCGUCGAGAGCGGUCUCGAUCGCGCGAACGUUCGCACAGACGGGAACGUCAACGCCGGGAGCGCUCUUCAUCUCGCUAUCGAGAACGGUCUCGAGAUCGUGAGCGGGAUCGUGAACGUGAUCGUGAGCGUGAUCGGGAGCGUGAUGGCUCCCGUCGAUCUCGUCCUAGAAAAUCUCCAGAACCGACAACUGAUAACACAACGGACAGCUCCUCCAAACGCUACUACAAUGACGAUCGGUACCGAUCAUCGGACCGUGAGCGGGAACGUGAUCGCGAUCGUGAACGACGCGAAGAUCAUCGUUCCAGACAUUGAAUUAUAUCUUCUACAUCCCACUUCAAUAUACGUUCAGAAGUUGCAAAAAGUGUGCAUUGUCCUUCUUCGUUCAAUUAAUACGAAGGCGUAUAAACUUUUAGAAGACACAGCACUGAACAGACGACAUUUCCGGUGUGGUCUCUGAUACACUAGAAAACCUUUCGGUAUAGAUGGCGUUUUCCCUUAUUCGAUUGGAUACCUCAAUUGGUGUGCACUACUAUUAUUUCGAAUGAUCCUCAUCCAAGCUCGACCCGCUGCUAUCGGGGUGUCGUGUUUUCCGCGCCCCUAGUUCUUGACGCUGAAGCGGAUGAGUGUACGAAGUAUUGCAAAUAUUUUAUUGCUGCACUUUUAUAAGCUUCAUUUUUUCUAGACUCGAUUUGACAAUUUCGUACUAUUUCUUUACGAAUUGUAAUGGCAAAUGGAAGCAGUACAUGAAUGUGUACUACUAGUUAAAAAAAACUUAUGAGUAAUUUUCACCCAAUUGUAUGCUAAACUCGAAUGGUUUUCAUUUUUACACGAUGAUCCUUUCGUACAAUUGUAUUCAGUAGUGGAUAUUAGGAACAGAGUAAACAAAAAGGUUUUCUUCUUUUUUAUUAGAACAAAAUAUUAUGCAGGCCCUGGGCCGCACAGAAGUCCACGCUUGCAAAGUAGAAAUUAAUAUUUUGCAUCGGAUAAGUUAAAAAGUCGUUUUGAAUGUUGAUAAAGUAAUUCUGGUGUGCAAAAAAAAAAAACAAACAAAAAAGAAUUCAUAAUCACGGAAACAUCUCCUUGUGGUAU